CAACGUCCUAUAUUUUAGGCAUUAACCGUGACAGGGUGUUCAUAUCCGUGUUGUGUCCAAUGUUAAUGUCAGAGUCCACACUUCAUAAAUCUCUUCUCUUAACAUAAUCUAUAUAGCCUAACACAAGUCAACCCUCUUCCAUGGGUACCACUAGUAAAUUUUUCCAGUGAGGAUUAAAUAUGUUUAGUCUCAACUUUUGUCCAUUUUUGUUUUUAGUCCUUAAACAAUUUUUUUACUAAUUUUAGUCUCUGAACUUUUUCCAAAUUUCACUUUUAGUCCUUGAACUUUUCCAAAUUUGUUUUUUUAGGAACUAAAACCAAAUAAAAUUUGUUCAAGGGUUAAAAACAAAUAUUGACAAAAGUUCAAGGGCUAAAAAACAUAUUUAAUCCUUCUAGUUUCAUGUUUUAAGCUACUUAUUGUACUCUAUUUUGCAUGUUAUUAGACUAUUAGGUUCUUAUUUACAUUCAGAAACUACUUUUGCAUCUUCAGCCCUUUCCUUGCAUCCCCUCAAUAUUUUUUCUUUGGGCAUUACUAAUAAACCCUCUAUAAAAGAAGGGUUUUGACAUGCAGAUCGAAUUUAAUAACAAUGGUUUCAUCUUACUCACUGAAAAUACCCUGGUUUUGCCUACAUAGUACAGAUUGAUUCACACUAUGUUACCUUCACUACAAAAGACCCUACUUCAACCGUACAUUGGAAACUCUCAUACAUUAGCAAAGCUCUCAUUUAUCGAGUUUCUUCACAUCAUUACCAAUAGUUUUAGCAAAAACCAAUUAAGGCAGGUGCAAUUCAUAAUUUCAAGGCAGUAGUUGUUGAUCUCUGAUUAAGCAGAUUUGUGGCCUAAAACCAUGGUUCCGGGCAGCUGCUAGAGUAGAAGUCCGAAAAUAACGUCUUUUUAGCAUCUUCUUUAGAAAGUAAAGUAGCAGCAACAAGAACAAACAAGAGGAAGUAGUUAGAAGCCAUCUAUGCUUUCAUAAAGUACACAAAAACCAAAUAAUUAGUGCCUUCUCUUCUAUAUAAAACAAUGUAGGCUAAAUUUGGUCAAUUAAGUUAUUCAAUGUCGUUGGAGUUGCUUUUACGUAAAAGUAAAAAUAAUGCUAGUUUUGUCAUGUUAAAGCUGAUGGUAUUGGUAUGCCAUGUAAGCCAUUUUUCUUUUCUAUUUGGCCAUGAUUAAAAGAAUAGGAUUCCUGACGGUAAAAGAAUAAACAUGUGCUAGGUUAUGAAAAAGGUAAUGGACUUUUAAUUUCUAAUCCAAAUCAAUGUUAUUGUAUACUUUUUAUGGUUAUGAGUGUAUCUAUGUUUUUGCCUAGUAUAUUACGUGAAAUUAACUUAGCCAUAUUGAUCUUUUUUUUUUUGUUUCUGUUUUGCUAUUUGAUUAUAUUAUAUGCAUUAAAUACGUAAUAGUUAUGAGUUUUUGAUAGGUGAUAGCUUCUAAUAGUUCUCAAACAACAGAGGGUAAACUUUAUAUUUGAUGGACAACUUCGAUGAUUUGUCAGCAGUUAAUUUAAGUGAUGAUGGAGAUGUUAAGCAUUCUGUUUCUUCUAAAGAAUCUGAUGAAAGUGAUAGUAUGUAUCAUAAUAUACAGUGUGAUCAAAAUGUGAAUUCAAAUAUGAAGAUAAGAGAUGGUGAAUUUAAAAAAAUUACAGACUUGACGACUGAUGACAUAUAUGGGCUAGAGUUUGGAAGUGAAGAGGAAGCAUAUGACUUUUAUGAGAAAUAUGCAAAAUGUCGUGGUUUUGUGGUAAGAAAAGAUGAAGUGAAACGUAAUGUCAAUGGAAAAGUGAUAAUGCGGCAAUUUGUAUGUAAUAGACAAGGUUUGAGAAACAAGAAGCACUUCAAAAGGGUAGACAGGAAAAGAGAUCAUAGACGUAUUACACGAGUUGAAUGCCAAGCUAGGCUUCGUGUACACUACAACUUAAAGAAAUCAAUAUGGACAGUGACAUGUUUUGAAGUGGCCCAUAACCAUGAAUUAACACCUUCAAGAUAUGUGCACUUGUUCCCAGCUUACCGUGGAUUGACGGAUGCAGAUAAAGCUCAAGUUGAUAGCUUGCAUUCAUAUGGAACCAAAACUUGUCAUAUAAUGGGGUACAUGGUGGCUCAAAAAGGUGGACAUGCUAGUGUUGGUUUUACCAAGAAAGAUUUAUAUAACUAUUUUGAUAGUCAAAUGCGUGGUGAGAUUAAAGAUGGAGAUGUUGCUGCUGCCUUAAGUUAUCUUCGUGGGAAGGCCGACAAUGAUCCCAUGUUAUACGCAAAAUUUGCAACUAAUAGUGAUGGUAGAUUGAAGCAAAUUUUUUGGGCAGAUGGAUGCAGCAGAUCUGAUUUUUUAUGUUUCGGUGACGUUCUUGCGUUUGACACGACAUAUAGGAAAAACAAGUAUAACUAUCCUUUGGUAAUUUUCUCUGGAUGUAAUCAUCACUCACAAACUGUCAUAUUUGGUUGUGCUUUGGUGUCAGAUGAAACCAUUGACACAUAUAAAUGGGUCUUAAAUUCAUUUUUAGAAGCAAUGGGAAACAAACAUCCCAAAACAGUUGUGACAGAUGGGGAUGGGGCAAUGAGAGAGGCUAUAAAACAUGUUUUUCCAGAUACAUGUCAUCGACUAUGUGCCUGGCACUUGCAUAAAAAUGCAUGUGAAAAUGUUAAGAGUUCUGCUUUCUUGAUGGAUUUCAAGAAAGCAAUGUAUUCAGAUUUCACUCGGGAGGAAUUUGAAGAUUUUUGGAUGAACAUGGUUGAGAAGCAUGGACUUGUGGGGAACAAAUGGGUUUCCAAAACAUAUGAGAAUAGAUCAUCAUGGGCCACUGCUUACUUCCGUGAUAUAUUUUUUGGUCGUAUACGUACUACUUCUCAGUGUGAAGCUAUUAAUUCAAUCAUGAAGACAUAUGUUAGGAAAAAAUGCAGCAUUUUUGAAUUUAUACAUAAUUUUGAACAAGCUUUAAGAGAAUAUAGAAAUAAUGAACUGGUUGCUGACUUUAAGUCUCUAUAUUCAGAUCCUGUAUUGACGACAUCUCUUUAUGAGAUUGAGAAGGCUGCUGCAAAAAUCUACACUGCAGAGGUCUUUAUGGAAGUUAAAGAGCAGAUUGUAUUGGUUAGUACGUUAAUUGUUACUACGAGAGUAGUAAUCGGGAACCAAUUGAUUUUGAAAUUGACUAAGUAUUGUCAUCGUAAUGUUGAAACAACAGUUGUUUAUGAUACUUCAAGGUCAAUAUUUUAUUGUGAAUGUAGACGUUUUGAGUCACGGGGUAUUCCUUGUUCUCAUAUUUUUUGUGCCAUGAAAGAGGAGCAUGUGGACCAUAUUCCAGACAGUCUCAUUUUGACACGAUGGACUAAAAAGGCUAAGAUUGAUUUUGUGUCAUCAGAUUCAUCCAAGGGAGUAGAUUCUGAUGUGAUGGAGCUUGCUCGGUUUGGGGCUUAUUGUGGUGCUUGUACAAGGUUUUGCAAAAUAGCUUCAAAAAAGAAAGGACUAUACAAUGAGGUAAUGAAUGACAUAUUGAAACUCAUUGAUAAGUAUGAGAAAUUAGAGGAUUCUGUUGACACACCAAACCCAUCAGGAAAGCACUUUUGUGAUCCUAAUGUGGUUAAGACUAAAGGUGCUCCAAAGAAGAGUAAGAUUGGUAUGAAGAGGUCAAGACAUUGUUCAAAUUGUACUAGCACAAAACACAAUGUUAAGACAUGUCCUGUGCGUGUUGGUACAAAUGCUAAGAGUAUGAAUGAUGAUAAGUUAUCUCAACCGGAAUGUCCUAAAUCCAACAUUGCAGCUGAUAGUGAUACAAAUAUAAUGACAUCAAGUGAAAGCAAGGGUCAGGAUCAUAAAGGGAAAGGAAAAGCUAGCGGUUGUUGCAAUAAGCAAAAGGAAGAAAAAAUUUUGAAACAUAAAUCUCCUGUUGUUUGUUCUAGUGGAGGUCACCCUAUUAUGUCGCAAGUGCAACCUAUGUUAACCCCAAUGCAGCAUAUGGGAACCCCAAUGCAGCAUAUGGGAACCCCAAUGCAGGCUAUGGUACAUCAUAUGGUACCCCCAAUGCAGCCUAUGGUACCCCCAAUGCAGCCUAUGGUACCCCAAGUACAAUUCCCAACAUAUGGGUAUGCUGCUUCAAGCCAAGGACUAUCAAACUUACCUAACAUUGUCGGAGUUCCUUUUUAUCGCCACAAUACCCAAGUUCCUAUUUUAUCACAAGCACAGCAGUAUUAUCAUGGACCUCAAGUUGAUAAUAAUGACACAUCUUACUUUGGGUUACUUCAAGAGGUCAUGAAAAAUGAAGGUCAAAUGAAGCUCCAAAUGUCAAAUGGCACUGGUAGUGAUUGAUGUAUUCCUCUCAAGACUUUCCAAACACACUGCAUAUCAGAAUUUUGGGAAGUCAUUUACUUAGUGCAUAGGCUGGAGUGCAAUUUCCUCAAAGCGAUCAGGUGGUCCAAUCAAAUCAUCCUAGUUCACAACCUAGUAGGAGUAGUAAUGUACCAAACAGGGAACAGGUCACACCUAGACAUGAAGUGGUUGCUCAGCAAGCAGACUCCCAGACUGUCCCUGAAUCUAGUUGCUCGAAUACUUGGAAAGGUGGAGAAUAAUGAUAGGUUCUUGAGAAUAGCUUUAUAUGAAGGUGAUCGAAGUAGCAAAAAAG